AGUGUAAUCAGCUGUACGUAUUAUAGACAUUGGAAUUGCUUGUUUGUUUCAAGUUGUCAUGUGUGCAAUGGAUUGGAUUGCAAAUAGUUUUAUCAGCUAAAAGAAAUAUCACAGCAAAGCGAUAAGUCUUCAAUUUACAAUUGUCGAUUUAGUUUGGAAAAAUUUUUGAAUGCAGAAGGUAGUUCCAAUGGCUGAAAGAGCUAUACUGCUGUUAUCCUCUUCACGGGUUCAUGGCUAUGGAUAUUUGGAGCAUGCCAAACCGCAGAUUGUGGACUUUUUGAAAAGAAAAAAUGUCGAAUCCAUUUUGUUUGUACCAUAUGCCUUAAUAGAUCACGACAAAUAUACAGCCACGGUGAGUGCAGCCUUAACACCAUGGGGGUACAAAGUGGAGGGCAUUCAUACAAAGAAAUGCCCAGUGGAAGCCAUUUCAUCGGCCCAAGCCAUAUUUGUGGGUGGUGGCAACACGUUUGUUCUUUUGAAAACCUUGUACGAGAAGAAACUCAUUGACCCUUUGAGGCAACAAGUUUUGCAUAAAGGUAUUCCAUAUAUGGGCAGCAGUGCGGGCACAAAUGUGGCCACACGCUCUAUUAACACCACCAAUGAUAUGCCUGUGGUGUAUCCACCUUCAUUCGAGGCUCUACGUUUGGUUCCAUUCAAUAUAAAUCCACAUUAUUUGGAGACCGAUCCACAUACUGAGCACAAGGGCGAAACAAGAGAUGAGCGUUUGAAUGAAUAUCUCGAGUAUGCCAAAUUGCCUGUCCUUGGGUUACGAGAAGGCACUGCACUAUUAGUGCAAGGUGAUAAGGCCACCCUAGUAGGCGAUAGAAAAGCUAAACUCUUUAGGCCCAAUGCUGAACCUGUAGAAUAUGAGCCCAAUUCGGAUUUAAGCUUUUUAUUGCAACUAUAAAAAUCCAGUGUUGGCGAUAGAGUAUCUAUCUAUGGUUAUCAUCUAUCGACAACAAGAAUUAAAUUGAUAGUAAUGUGUAAAUGUUAUGCACAUUUUCUAUAUUUUCGUCAUCAUUCUUUUAUAUGCAAUAAAUUUUAUUUUUUGUGCA